AUGAAUAACUCUCAACUUUUCAAACCACUGAAAAUCGGCAAUGUGGUCGUUAAGCAUCGCAUAGGCAUGGCCCCGAUGACUCGCCUCCGUGCUACAGAUGAUCGUGUACCUCUGCCACUUAUGGCCGAGUACUACGGCCAGCGCUCUGCUGUGCCAGGCACCUUACUGAUCAGCGAGGGUACUUUAAUCUCGUACGAAUCUUCUGGUGGAUUUGCCAAUGCACCUGGCAUAUGGAACAAAGAACAGAUUGCAGGCUGGCGGUCAGUCACCGAUAAUGUCCAUGCCAAAGGAUGCUUCAUCUUCUGCCAGAUCUUUGGCAUGGGGCGUGCUGCAGAUGAGGAGUUGUCCAAAAAGGACGGAGUUGAGAUUAUAGGCCCUAGUCCUAUCCCAAUAGGUGAAAACGCGCCAGUACCACGCUCCAUGACACUCGAUGAGAUUAAGAAGACUGUCCAAGAUUUUACAACAGCCGCACAAAAUGCGAUACUUGCCGGUUUCGACGGCGUAGAGGUUCAUGGUGCAAACGGCUACCUGAUUGAUCAAUUCAUCCAGGAUAAUAGCAACCAGCGUCAUGAUGAGUAUGGUGGGAGUAUCGAGAAUAGAUCUCGAUUCAUAGACCAAAUCAUGAAAGCUGUCGUCGCGGCUAUAGGAUCGGAACGAGUUGGUCUUCGCCUUAGUCCCUGGAGCUCAUUUCAAGGAAUGAAAAUGACAAACCCAAUUCCGCAAUUCUCAGACAUAAUCAACAGAGCCAGCAAACUUGAUCUUGCUUAUCUCCACCUUGUGGAAUCGCGCAUAUCUGGCAGUAGCGACAGCGAAGGCAGCGAAACAUUGGAUUUUGCUUACAAUCUCUGGAACAGACCGCUGCUGGUAGCUGGCGGGUAUAAAUUGCACGAUGCGAGGCAGCUUGUUAAUAAAUAUCUUUCCAAGGAUAUUGUUGUCAUGUAUGGGAGACACUUUAUUGCAAACCCAGAUCUGGUAUACAGGAUCAAGGAAAAGUUGCAGUUUGACGAGUACAAACGCGAGUCGUUCUAUACAAUUAAGGAUGCAUUGGGUUAUGUUGAUUACCCAUUCAGCAUACAGUAUCUUCAAAGCCAGAGCGCUGAGGCUGUCUCGUUUUAA